AUGUCUAUGAUUUUUGAAUUGUUAAAAGAUGCUUUUGAACAAGCAAGGCUUCCUGAUUCUUUCUAUGAGGCAAAAAAAACCAUCAAUAGACUUAGUCUUAAUUAUGUUAGCAUUCAUGCAUGUCCAAAUGAUUGCAUGCUAUACUGGGGAGAUGAUAAAGAUGCAGAAACAUGCAAAGUAUGUCAUACUUCAAGAUGGAAACAACCAAACGGGAAGAAUGGUGGUGAUGUGCGUUGUGGUAGCAAGUUUAAAAAGAAACCUUCUAAAGUGUUGCGUUACUUCCCUCUUAAGCCUAGGUUGCAACGGUUGUUUAUGUCUUCUAAAACUGCUGAGAAUAUGAGAUGGCAUGCUAUGGAUAGUAACAGAGAUGGGUUGAUGCGACAUCCUAGAGACUCUGAAUCAUGGAAGCGAUUUAAUGAAGUCCAUGUAGAAUUUGCUGCUGACCCACGAAAUGUUAGACUUGGGUUAGCUGCGGAUGGUUUCAAUCCAUUUGGACAUCAAAGUUCUACUCAUAGCACUUGGCCUGUGAUUUUAAUUCCUUAUAAUUUGCCUCCAUGGAUAUGUAUGAAACAAACCUCAUUUAUUUUGUCUAUGAUUAUUCCUGGGAAAAAGAUGCCAGGGAAUGAUAUAGAUAUUUACAUGCAACCAUUGAUUAAAGAGUUAAAUGAGUUGUGGAGUUUUGGAAUAGAAACAUUUGAUGCUUCACAGGGUCAGUUUUUUAAACUACAUGCAACUCUAAUGUGGACCAUUAGUGAUUUUCCUGGGCUAGGUAACUUAUCUGGGUGGAAUACACAUACAGGGCUAGCAUGCCCCUCAUGCAACUUUGAUUUUUUGCCAAAUCGCCUUCCACAUAGUAGGAAGUGGUGUUUUAUGGGUCAUCGUCGGUUCUUAGGGUCUUCUCAUCGGUAUAGACAUCACAACUCUAAAUUUGAUGGAACCAAAGAUUUGAGAAGUCCGCCAAAGAUGUUGUCAGGUUCAGAUGUUUUGAAUCAGCUUGCAGAUAUCAAUAUUACAUUUGGGAAAAACCUAGAAAUGACUGAGAAGGGGAAAAGAUCACGAGUGAGAAGAGUUGAAGAUGGUGAUACGCAACAAUGGAAGAAGAGAAGUAUAUUUUUCCAACUCCCUUAUUGGGAAUUCAAUUUGUUGCGCCACAACCUUGAUGUCAUGCAUAUUGAAAAAAAUGUUUUUGACAAUGUGUUGUUUACUUUGCUAAAUGACUCUGCAAGAUCAAAAGAUAAUCUAAAUGCUCGAAUGGAUUUAGUGUCAAUGGGUAUAAGAGAUGACCUUUGGCCUAAUGAAAAUGGAAAAUACUCUCCAAGUUGUUUUACAAUGACAAAUAUAGAAAAAGAUGUAUUUCUUGCAACACUAAAGAGUGUAUUACUGCCAGAUGGUUACUCAAGUAAUAUUUCAAGAUGUGUUGAUUUGAAGAAUCGCAAGAUACAUGGAUUGAAAAGUCAUGAUUGUCACAUUCUUAUGGAACAUCUAUUGCCAAUUGCCAUACGUAAUCUAUUACCAGAUCAAGUUUGUAUGGUUUUGGUAGAAUUGGGUUCUUUUUUCAGACAAAUAUGUAGUAGAGUAUUAAAUGUCAAAGAGCUUGAUAACCUUCAAAGUCGACUUGUGCUAACAUUAUGCCAUAUGGAAAUGAUAUUUCCACCAUCACUUUUCACAGUAAUGGUGCAUUUAGUUGUUCACCUUGUUGAUGAGGUUAAGCUUGGAGGUCCUGUUCCAUACCGAUGGAUGUACAGCAUUGAGAGGUGA